AUGCAAGCUUUCGUUGCGCAGGCCUCGUCGCUGGGGGACGCUGCGUCCCUCGUGAGACUCGCGACGGACGCGACCUCGCACCCAGAUGUGUUCGGAUUUGGCGAGCUCUUGGACGUGCCUCGCGUGCGACAGCUAGCUACCUCGGCCGAAGCUCAGCCCGCGCUGCGCCUCCUGGAGCUCUUCGCGUACGGAACGCUGGCGGACUACCGCGCAGGCAAAGGUCUGCCGCCGCUGUCAGAUGCGCAACUCCUGAAGCUGCGGCAGCUCACGCUAGCGUCCGUCGCGAGAGGCCAGCACACCUUGGACUACCAGUCUCUCCUUGCGGCGCUGGAGCUCGCGUCAGUGGAGGAUCUUGAGCGGUUUCUGAUCAGUGAAUGUAUAUACAAGGGCGUCGUGCGCGGCUUCAUGGACAACCGGCAGGGCAGGUUCCAGGUGACGUCGUGUGUGGGGCGAGACGUGCGUGCGGCCGACAUUCCCAACAUGAUCGAGUCCAUGGAGCGGUGGAUGCACACGAUCACGCGAGUGAUCGAGAACAUCGACACCAGCGCGGCCGCCGCGGACUCGCAGUGCUCGGCCGCGGCGGCACGGGCCAACGACAUGGCGGCGAAGCGGGAGGCGGCGCUGAAGGAGGUGGCCAAGGAGGCGUGUCGGAUCUCCGCGGAGAUGAAGGGGGAGGCGGGGGGUCUGUUUGGUGGGGAAGUCGGACCAGGGGCGGACACGCGCGGCGCGAACCGGCAGGCCUCCAAGAGGCACAGGGGCGGCGAGCGGAGGUGA